AUGUUCGUUUCCGAUAAGCCUCGUUCUCCGAUUGAUUUCUACAAAGACGAUAACAAUCCAUCUCCAACAUCACGGGACAUAAACAUGAUGAUCGACGUUACAUCAAACGGAGAUCUACAACAACCGCCGCAGCAACAUCAUCACCCGAUAAUCCUCGGGCUCGGAGACAGUAGCAGCGAGGAUCACGAGAUCAAAGCCCCCAAGAAGCGAGCAGAGACAUGGGUACAGGACGAAACUCGGAUCUUAAUCACGUUACGCAGAGAAAUGGACCGUCUUUUCAACACAUCGAAAUCUAACAAACAUCUCUGGGAACAGAUUUCGAGCAAGAUGCGAGAGAAAGGCUUCGAUCGAUCGCCGACUAUGUGCACCGAUAAGUGGAGGAACAUGCUGAAAGAGUUUAAGAAAGCUAAGCAUCAAGAUAAAGGGAGUGGCUCAGGAUCAGCCAAGAUGUCGUAUUACAAAGAGAUUGAUGAUAUUCUUAGAGAGCGGAACAAGAAAGCGUCACUGUACAAGAGCCCUGCUACACCACCUUCUGUUGCUAAAGUUGAUUCCUUUAUGCAGUUUACAGAUAAAGCUUUUGAAGAUACAGGCAUUUCCUUUGCAUCUGUUGAAGCUAAUGGCAGGCCAACGCUAAAUCUUGAAAGACAGUUGGAUCAUGAUGGUCAUCCUCUAACCAUUGCUUCUGCUGAUGCCGUCACAGCUAAUGGUGUUCCUCCUUGGAAUUGGAGAGAAACCCCUGGAAAUGGCAAGUAA